AUGACGACGAAACAGCCGUCACCCGUGUCGCGACAGUCGACAGCGUCGUCGAAGCAGUCCUUCGACACACGCAAAUCCAUAGUAUCUGUCAGUGGUAUUAAUAUGGAGACAGGUUCUCUGGCAACACUUCCAGCGUCUGUUGAGAGUCCGGAACCACUGAUAGAAGAAUACAAUCCAAUGCUGAAUGGAGUAAAGAAACAACUUCUGACUGCUGCCAGGAAGUGUGAUACCAACACCUUUGUUACCUUGUUAGGAGAAUGGCAGAACUUAAACCUCAACUUUGCGGACGACUCUGGAAAAACACUGCUACAUCUUUGUACAAACGUUGGUAACAAAAAUGACGUCAUUUUGUCACUGCGAAGAAACUGUCCUGUCAAUAGAAUAGAUAACAUGGGACAUUCUGCUCUACACUAUGCAGCAAAGAAGGAUUACGCAGACAUUGCAGAGCUGCUGAUCGUCAAUGGUGCACACUUCGAUUUACCUGAAGAGAAAACCGGACAAACGGCUUUACAUUUUGCUGUUGCAAAAAACUACUUGGCUACAACAGAAUUACUUGUAUUUAGUGGCGCCAGUAUACAAAUCAAAGACAAGAACAAUAGAACCCCUUUAGCACUAUGCCGGUCAAAAGAGAUGUACGCGCUGCUGUCUACAGCACUUCAGUCUUCCGGAGGCUACCGACCAGGAGAAAUGACGAUGCAGACAGUUGAAGUACAAGGUGGCGGUAUAACGGAAUGUUGGAAACUUGGCCUCACUAUCGACUACAGUUCAGGACCAGCAGACGACAAGUUCUCGCUGAUGUGUCGACGUCAGACCACAGACGAAAGUGAUUUAGGAUUUGAGUUUGAAAAUAACGAAGAUAUAUGCAGCGAUGCUUUCCAGUACAGACUCGGAAGAACGGGAAAACCAACUCUUGUUAGACUAACAGUUCCUAUUUACUCGGGACCCAAAGCUAAGGAGGAAAUAGUGCUCAGAACAGAGAAAGGUCAUGUGAUGUCCAUUGCUUCCCUUAAUAAAGUCGAGAGUGAUACUCCCUACUGUGUAAUAAUGGUGGACAUUUCCCAGUUUAGCUCCUUUGUCCUGGUGUGUAGGCCCAAGACUGACCUGUUUAAGGUGCCAACAGAAGGUGGAACAUUUACCUCCAAAGUCAACCCUAUGAUGGAGGUUAAAGUUCAACCAAACACUUACUCACGUGACGUAAAAUUAGUGUUACAGACUGUAUCAAUCCCUAAUCCCGGUGUUAUUGGUUCGGAAGGGGUAAACGAUAUCGUAUCAAUGACGUCAUUCAACUGCUUGAAAACAGAGACUCGUGAAAACCCCAAAAACCCACUACUGCUUCGUCUACCGUGCGGUGGUAAAAAUCUAAAACUGUUUUCUGCUGACACCGUUGCCACAGCAUCUAUUACUGACAGUGGCUGGAGUGCUAGGGAUGACCCAGUAAAUGUCACACCUGAAGGGGUCGACAUAAGCAUCAGCGACAGUGCGAUGAAGGUAAUUGUGGAAGUCAAACCAGGAACAGAUAUGGUGAAAUUAAAACCUCAAAUUGGUCUCGUGUUUCAAAAAUCUACACAUCAUGAAUAUUCUAUUGUGUUCAUAGUUUUAACAAAACAUGACAAGAAAAAUAACACUUUCAAAACAGUAGUUGAGUGCAAUACUGAAGCAUCAAGUGAACAAGCAAAGAAAAAAUGGAUAAGUGAUGGUUUCAUCGACCAAAGGCCAGGUGAUAGUCUUUGUUUUAAAGGUUCAACGAGACAACGAUUCAAAAUUAUUGCGUCCAAAAAUCUAAGACCACAAGGAGCAGAAGACGGUUUCAUGAUUAUUCAGUUCCAUCCGAAACGAGGCAACUUUGCAGUGUUUACAGCAAGCGUGAAGAACAAUAUUAAAAACGAGAGUGGAAGUGUUCGAAUAUUUGAGUACAAAAUUGUGAAGAAGACCGCGGAACAACUGGAAGCAGAGGGCCCAGGAAAACCAUUAGAGACUCUACUCACGAACGUUCAUGUCGCUUUUGAUAAAUCAGAAAAGGAUACAUCGGCUUCUGCCGUACCAUUAAUACAGGUACAGGAACCUACUGACGUCGAGAAAAAAGAGCCAAAACCUAUAGCGGUAACGGCUGAUCCUCCAAAAUCACCGCAAGCUCCUAAGGCUUCCCCAGCGACUAAAACACCAGUAGCCGCAUCGAAACCAGUCAAAUACCAGGGCGGGAAAGGAAGCGAGAAAGUUUUCACAAAUGACGAGUUUCUGUACACGGUAGUUAAGGAACUGGACGAGGAGUGGUACAAAAUCGCAGUGAUGAUGGGAUGGAAUUUUCCAGAAGUAGAGAAAGUACUUCUUGAACCUAAUGGUACUGAACAAGACAAGAUCAUGCAUUUUUUCAAAGAAUGGCAGGAAAAUGGCCGCUCGCGCGAUGAUCUUGGAUUGCCUGUCCUGUUGACGGCCUUAGCCAAGGGAGGUCGUCGUGAUCUUUGUACAGUCGUGUCUCUUAUGAUGAAAGAAUGGUUCGAUCAGCAUAGCAAUCAGAAAUCCAACUUUUGGAAAUGGGUUCAGAUGGCCUUCAAAGAUCCUGACCUUAUCAACCCUGGAGACUACCCAAAGCCAAUGUCGGACCAGUUCCUGUUGCUUCUAGCCCAGGCACUAACACCGAAUCUCGACAUCGCCAAACACUUAGAUAUACAGAAAACAGACAUAGAACGUCUUAAGAAAGGAAAUAGCUCGGAUGAAUUUAAGAUGCUGAAAAUUUUACUGGAAGGUCGAAAUGGAGCUCAGAGCCACGUAGUAGCUUUACGGAAGUUACUGGACGCAAUGAUAACCCUUGAAAUGAAUAUGGGAGUGAGGUGGACGAUGGUAGCAUCUCGACAAUGGUUUGACAUGAAAACUGAAAUGAACACACAGUUCAAAGCUGAACUACAAGACAUUUUGGAAUCGUAUGGAUCCUUAUUGGAUAAUAAAUAA